AAACGGCCAAAAUGCUGUAGAUUUUGCACAUAUCUUGGCAUAACCGUCUUUUUCCAUAUGAUGCAAUUCUCUCUAGCCGAGACAACGGCAGUGUUGUCGCAUAAGCGCAAGACCUAGCCAACGACAAGUUUGCAAAUUCCAUAAAAAAUACCAAAAAUUACUAUCCAAAAGGCCCAAACCACCAAAUUACACCGCCUACCCUGGCAUCAAUUUUAUUUUGUUGCUUCUGUACCCAGUCACAUCCCAGCUCUUGUCUCUCUCAGCCUGUCACUGUAUCAGCACAAGUGGCAAGCCACCGUACAGUACUGCACUGCACGCACAGGCGGGCUGGCUCCACAGUGCCCGAUCCCCCGGCGCAACCGCAUCUGCAGCUAAAAAUUCUCAGCAAAGCAGCUUCUGGAGCAGUAUCCAACCAUCGAAUCACACACAUAUCCUUCACAAUGGCUCCGAAAAAACCGCCGACGACCAAGACUGGAGAUGCUGCCGGUGCCAAAAAGCCUCGCCAUGGCUUCCGCGUAGGACCUGAAAACUUGCCCGACGGACCCUGGCGUCGCAAAGUCGACAAGAUUAAGAAGGAUCUCAUUCACAAGGCUAAAGUGAAGAAGGCCUACAAGAAGAUUAAGGAAAGAGAGUUUAAGUCGACGUCAGAGGAUACCAAAGACGCUGGUGACGACGACAAGGAUGCCGCCGCCGAGCAGAUGCACCCUACGAGGCAGCUCAUGAUUAAGGAUGAGGAUAAGGCCCAAGAGGGAGUUACACCAACGGGCAAGGAAGUCUCUGGUGAUGGCCAGCGCAGACGCACAAGGCGGCCAGGCUACUACGACAAGCAGCUGGCCAAGGCAGAGGAGCGCAGCAAGGAGGCUGAUGAACGCCGCCAAGAGUGGGAGCGAAGGCAAGCCGAGCGGGCGGAAAAGAUUGCCGAGAGAGAAAAGUACAAGCGUGCCAUGGCCAAGACGGUAGGAAGAGACGGCAAGAAGAAGCUUGGCCGCGAGAGUGGGCUGUUAUUGGACAAGGUCAAGAAGAUGAUGGCACAGGGCAAAUGAGGAGCGCCGACCAGACAACAUAACGAUGGAUUGAUACCCGAUGCAUAGAUGAGGUUGGAGGAACUGAGACGAAGCGGGGGAAAAUGACAACACAAACAAUCAUAUGUUUUAGCCUGGGUGUAAAAUGUACUUUUUUCAUGUUUUAAUACAGCGUUUCAUGGAUGGAUAUAACAGCGCCUGUUCACCCGGCGGUGUGAAGGACGAACAAGACGUUAUGCUAUUCGUGGAAAGAAAGUUGUGAUUCAGCAUGACGGCUGUUUCAGACGGAAAUAAUAAAAACUACUAUUGGUUAGUAGACGUAUGUGUUGUACUGCGGUCAUCAUGGUAUAGUUCGUCGUCCAUCAGCACAGACGCUCGCUUAGAGGAAAAAGUAAGCUGCGACUACUGCUCCUCUGGUCGAAGCUCUCGUGUUGUUUACCUUGGCGCAUGAGGUGUUUGAAUUCAGAUGCUCCGGCAGUUAUGGAAACAAACGCAGCAUAUUUCUCCCGAGGCAUGAAAAUAGGCGUUGUUUGAGGAUGGGCGGCGGAACGAUCUCCAGCUAUGCGUGCGUGCCUCUCUCUCUCUACUGUGCAUCAUAGAUGAGAAACACGCACCGGGCACCGCCCCAACCACCAUUUCACGCUUAAAAUAACCUAGCCGAGCCAGAGUGGAACACCGGCCGCUCACGCGAUGCACAUCAUUUUCGGUUUUGGGCAGACAAAGUGGCCUAACUCUGAGCGUCAGCCCAAGGCUUGAGACGACAAGUGCACCACAUCUGCUCCACGGCCGUUUUGGCAGCGUCGCGCCAGCAUGACGCCACUUGUCACAGCCAGUUAAAAAAGUAAGUGGUGCACUGUAGUAGCAUAGUCCGUCGCCCCUGUUUUGGUCUCUGUCCCCCGCUAGUGCUAUAUGCAUUAUGCGAUGAAAUCAAUCGCUGCAGAUGGCGUCGAUGGUAUUUGUUGCCGCGGCCAUUUUAUCACCAAGAGAACGAAAUGCUCGGGUUAGCUGCUGCCGUGGAGGUUGGUUGGUGAUGACAACAGUUGGGCACGGACGGUGUCCGACGGAACGAGGAGCCCUGUGCACGGCAACAUAGAGUACAGUACGGAAAGACAGAUAAAAAGAGAAAGAGAAGUAUUUCACUAAGCGGCCGUUUUUUGGCGGGUGGCGUUGCAGGGUUUCGCAGUGAUUCCAGUGGCAUGGACACGACGGAGUGACGGCAACAAGGCUCUAGCGUGGGCGGCAAAGCACUGUUGCGUGGUGCUGCUGUUGCAGAUCAGCCAAUUGGAGCGGCAUGGCAGAUGACAUGUGGUCACUGGGGAACACCUAGAGACAGGUACUGUUGCUGUGUGUCAGGGGAAGAGAAUGGGUGGCUUGUUGGGAUUAGGUACGCGAUAUCACGGUUGUCUCUGGCUGGAGAGGACAGACUGCGGGGGAGACAGAGGAGGGUUGACUUACUACAGUACAGCGUAGGUGUGUGUUUAGGUGAUGCUGUGCGUGAGCAAGUAAAAAGAUGGUAUUCUUAUCUUGGGGCCUUCCAAUUAAACAAAAAAUGCGCGCGUGCCGUUCUUGGGAGACCAACUGGCUGGGCUGGUGUCUCUGAACAAGAAGCAAGGCUCUGGGUUGGUUUCUCAGCAGCUGUUGUAGGAUGCAAAGUAUAUUUUAUCGCUUGGUGCUGAGCUGCUGCAGGCGGGACGGCGAGUACCGUGUACUUGUUGUGGGCGGCUGGUUAGCUGGCGUGCAGCAAACUUGGCACUAAGCAGAGCCGUCCCUUUUUUUAAUUUUUAUUUUUUGACAGCGGCCUGGUGGCUGCUAAUUGGUUAAUUGGUGAUUGUAGUAAACGUUGUCCAAUUAUCUAGAUAAAAAUUGAAAUAAAAAUACAGAUGAGAAAACAACAACUAGACGAAGCAAUACCCCAU